AUGGCUUCAGAGUUGCUGAUAAAGACGAGCAAGUAUACUAAAUACACAUCGUAUAGAAAAGUCUCGUAUCGUAGGUUUUUCGUUGGCCUACUAUUGUUUAUUGUGGUGACAUUGGUGUUUAUUUUGGUGUUUAAUGUAUAUUCAACUAGUUCCCCACCGACAAAUUUUCAUGAACCAAUUAAUUUGGAUUCUACGAUAUUGGAAGUGGUGAAUUUGCAAAGUGAUGCGCGUUUAUCAAGUUCUCGGGUGUCUAACUGCACGUACUGGGAUUGUUUUAACGUGUAUAGAUGCGGCAGAGGUGGACACGAGAAGAUAACAAUAUAUAUUUAUCCUUUGAAGGAUUAUCGGACUCAGAGUGGAACUGCUUUUUCGCGAUUUUCAAGAGAGUUUUAUGUAAUAUUAGAUACAAUUAGAAAUAGUAAAUAUUAUACAUCUAAUCCUGAGGAAGCGUGUUUGUUAGUGCCUAGUAUAGAUACAUUAAAUCAAAACAGUUUCUCCAAUAAACAUGUUUCUCAAGCACUGCAUUCUCUCAAAUACUGGAAUAAUGGUGAGAACCAUCUUAUAUUUAAUAUGUUGCCUGGAUCGGCACCAAACUAUCAUUCCGUUGUCGACCUCAACACGGGGAAGGCAAUUAUAGCAGGAGCUGGCUUCGAUACAUGGUCAUUUAGAUAUGGCUUCGACGUUUCCAUCCCAGUGUACAGUCACACAGCAGAGAAGAUUGACAGCUCUCAACCAGAGCAGAAGAAUUAUCUAAUCAUAUCAACCCAGUUGAAUAUACCAAAACAUUACUUAGAAGUACUGCAGAAUAUAGCGUCCUCAUCUAAUGAUUUGUUAUUAUUAGACACAUGCAAAUCAGAAUCAGGAAGAGUAGAUUAUGAUAAACGUUGUGAAUAUAAAACGGGUAGAAUGUUCAACUACCCAGAUGUGUUAAAAGAAGGCAUGUUUUGCCUUGUUGUACGUAGUGCAAGACUGACUCAAGCCAUACUGAUGGAUGUGCUAGCAUCUCAAUGUAUACCAGUGGUGAUCACAGACUCUGUAGUGAUGCCGUUCAAUUCGCAUGUGGACUGGAAUCGAAUAGCUUUAUUCGUACCUGAAGAUAACGUGAAAAAUAUAGUGAAAAUUGUACAUUCAGUUAGUAAGGAGAGACGCGGCGAGCUGUAUUGGCAACUGCGAUGGGUGUACGAUAAAUAUUUUGCUAGUAUAGAGAAGAUGAUAUUGACUACGUUAGAAAUAUUAAAUGAAAAAGUGUUCCCAUUAGCAGCUAGGAUGUAUGAAGACUGGAACAUGCCUGUACAUUUAUAUGGUCCCGUGAACCCGCUAUUUCUGCCAGUGACAGCGCCCAAAGCGCCAGGCUUCACCGCGGUCAUACUCACCUACGACCGCGUUGAUAGCCUCUUCACCCUGGUCAGGAAGCUUGUGAGGACGCCGAGCCUUGCCAAAAUACUCGUCGUAUGGAACAACCAGAAGAAGGCGCCCCCUCCAUCGUCCGAGUGGCCGGUGAUCAACAAGCCCCUGAAGGUGAUACGAACCAAGGAGAAUAAGCUGUCGAACAGAUUCUUCCCGUACGACGAAAUAGAGACUGAAUGUCAGCUGACUAUUGAUGAUGAUAUUGUCAUGUUAACGCCUGACGAGUUGGAGUUUGGUUUCGACGUGUGGCGCGAGUUCCCCGACCGUAUAGUGGGGUUUCCGUCCAGACUGCACGUGUGGGACAACGCGACCAACUCCUGGCGUUACCACAGCGAGUGGACCAACCAGAUCUCUAUGGUGCUCACUGGUGCCGCGUUCCACCACAAGAUCUGGUCCUGGUACUACACGUACAAGAUGCCCCCGGAGAUCCGGCUCUGGGUGGACGAAAACUUCAACUGCGAGGAUAUAGCCAUGAACUUCCUCGUUGCUAACGUCACUAGGAAACCGCCAAUUAAGGUGACACCCCGAAAGAAAUUCAAAUGCCCCGAAUGUACAAACACGGAGAUGCUAUCAGCGGAUGCGCGCCACAUGUCUCAGCGUUCAGCAUGCGUGGAUCGGUUCGCUGCCAUCUACGGACAGAUGGCGCUACAAGCGGUCGAGUUCCGAGCAGACCCGCUGCAGUAUCGGGAACCGCCGUCCGGAGUGCCGCAUCUCUAUCCCGAGAUUGGUGCGCUGUAA